GGGCCUGCGCCCCCACGGCGGGCACCAUUUUUCUCUGAUCAUUGGCGAACACAGGACUGUUGCUGUAGAGGGUGGACUGUGGCAAUGGAGGACUAUUACUGUAGAGGGCGAACUCUGAUAAUACAGGAGGACUGUUACUGUGGAGGGGGGACCAUGAUAACAGACGGAGACGGCUAUUGUAGUGGGGGAAUGUGACAUUAGAGGAGAACAUACUGUAUGGGGAACUGUGACAGUAGAGGGGAGCUAUUACUGUAGAGGGGGACUGUGACAAGAGAGGGGAACUGUGAUCAUAGAGGUGGACUCUUUCUGUAGAGGGGAAUUGUGACAGUAGAUGGGACUCUUACUGUAGAGGGGGGACUACACAAUAAAGACAACUCCCCAGCCCAGCUCUGUUAACCUGUGAACAGGUGGGUAAAGGGGUUUCUGUGGAGACAGUAAACCAGUGCCAGGGGUGUGGGCGGGGCAGGGGGGCCGGCCUGGGUGGUGGACAGAGGGCCUGUGGACUCCGGCACCCUGAGGCGGCAUCUGCUGGAGGCUGGGGUGCUGUGGUCAGCUCUGGGGUGGAGAUGGAGGACGUGGCAGUGGCCGCCCUUGCUCUGAGGCUGGUGGGACAGGCUUUCGUCGUGGCGAGUGCUUUGGGGUCCGGUGCACGGCCUGGAGCCGGGCUGGGAACGGGGUCCAUGCGGCCUUGACGGUGGACGGGGGCCGGGGUCUCCUCUGGGUCUCAGGGGAAGGGCCCUCGCAGGAAGCUUCUCGCGGACACAGGGGUGUGAGUGUGUCCCUGACCCUCAGGUGACCUUCGAUACUGUCGGGGGCCACCGUCCCCGUUGCAAGUGGGGAAACAGAGGCACAGGCCAGAAGUGAGCUUGGGGUCCCAGGGGUCGCAGUGCAGGGCUGGCAUGCUUGGCUGGUCCCUCCUUGCACACGGGUGUUUGGAGCUGAGGACAGUCCGUGCUUCGCUGGGGGUGCGGUGGUCCCCGGACGUCAGCGCACCCGCGUGUCCAUGCCCGAGGCCCCUGCAGGGGAUGGGGUGCCGCGUGGCUCAGCUGCCUUCAGUCCACGGGACCCGCCUGGGGUCGUGCACGGCGCUGGGGGGACAGCAGAACCCAGGCCGGGGCGUGGCCGUGUGCAGACCAGAGGGGACGGACGGUGUCCAGCGCGGCCUCAGGAGCGGUUGCCUUCUCACCGGGGAGCCUGGGGUUGUUCUGGGCUGGACCCCGAUGCUGAGGGUCUGGGGGGCUCACCCUCCCUGCGGCCUGCAGCCCAGUGAGGGCCGGGGCUCGCCGGCAGCUUAGGGUCCAGGCAGCUUAGGGUCUCAGCGGGAGGCACCGUUCCUGCACUGACCCUGCGGGGUCCUGUCCGAGGCCGCACACGCGGGCCCAGCCAUGACAGGGUCAGGGGACCGGGGCCAAGGGGCUGGGCACACGGGCAAGGGGCCUGUGGUCACGCCAUGUGGCCCCCGGUGGGCUCCCUGCGGUGUGUGUUCUCAUGUCCGUUUCUUGUAAGGACACCAGCGUGUGGGGUCAGGACCCGCCCCCAUGGCCUCAGUUUACCUUCAUCCCGUCCUUAGAGACCUGUCUCCACAUACAGCCCGUUCCGGGCUUCUGCGUGGGAAUCCUGGGCCCAGUCCGCCCGAGGACCGUGAGCGGGAGGUCGCUGUAGGCGGUUGUAGCCCUUGUCGGUGGUUACAGGUGUUUGUAGGUGGCUGUAGACAGCUGUAGAUCAUUGCAGGCAGAUGGAGGUCAUUGUCGGUGGUUGUAGGUCACAGUUGGUCAUUGUAGCUGGUCGUAGGCAGUUGCAGGUCGCUGUAGGUCGUUGAGACUCGUAACCGUCCGCGAGCCUUGUGCUCCCCCGGGAAGUGAGGGUCUGACAAGGAGCUGCCUCCCUGUCCCAAGUGUUCGCUCGACCAUCGUCUGCAUCCACUGAGGACAGAUUUAGGGCCGUGGAGACGGGUCACCUGGGGGAGCUCGGGUCUAGGCGUUCAUGCUGCAGCUCGUCUGCCCGUGUGGAGUCUGGGAGCCACUCGGACACGGUUCCUGCCCAGAGCCCAACUCCCCACGGGGUCGGGGGUGCUGCCCGGGGCCCUCGGCUCCACCCCCGGGGUUGAAGACCCCACGGCUGACACCCCGCAGACUCACCUCUGAGCCCCUGGACACAGUCCCGGGGGUCAGUCGUGCGGGCUCCUCGAUGGGCGGGCAGCUGAGCGCACCUGGCGGCGGCGGGAGCCUGCCACGCCCCGUGAACGCGGACUGGAUGUCGGCGCUGUGCCCGCGGCUCUGGGACGUGCCCCUGCACCACCUCUCCAUCCCGGGGAGCCACGACACGAUGACCUACUGCCUGAACAAGAGGUCCCCCAUUUCCCACAGCCAGUCCUGGCUGCUGCAGCUUCUGGGCAAGCUCCUGCCGUGCGUCACCCGGCCCAUGGUGCUCAAGUGGUCUGUCACCCAGGCGCUGGACGUCACGGAGCAGCUGGACGCGGGCGUGCGCUACCUGGAUCUGCGCGUGGCGCACGUGCCCGAGGGCUCCCGGAGGAACCUGCACUUCGUGCACUUCGUCUACACCACGGCGCUGGUGGAGGACACGCUCACCGAGAUCUCGGAGUGGCUGGAGAGACACCCGCGCGAGGUGGUCAUCCUGGCCUGCAGGGACUUCGAGGGGCUCACGGAGGAGCUGCACGAGUACCUGGUCGCCUGCGUCAGGAACAUCUUCGGGGACAUGCUGUGUCCGCGAGGGGAGGUGCCGACGCUGCGUCAGCUGUGGGCGCGGGGCCAGCAGGUCCUCCUGUCGUACGAGGACGAGCGCAUGCUGAGCCGGCACCGCGAGCUGUGGCCGGGGCUCCCCUACUGGUGGGCCGACCAGGCAAAGCCCACGGAGCUGGUGCGCUACCUGGAGCACAUGAAGAGCUGCGGCCGCCCAGGCGGGCUGUUCGUGGCGGGCAUCAACCUGACGGAGAACCUGGAGUACGUCCUUGUGCACCCAGCCGGGUCCCUCAGGAAGAUGACGCUCCCGCACCUGGCCUACCUGACUGCCUGGGUCCGCGAGCAGAGCCCCGGGCCGGGUGCGCGCUGCACCAACGUCAUCGCGGGCGACUUUGUGGGCGCGGACAGCUUCAUCAGCGACGUCAUCCGGCUCAACGAGAAGCUGCUCCCGUGCUGACCGUGUCCUUCCCCCAGCUCGUCAAGCGUGUGCCACCAAGAUUCGCCCUUUGUCUUCCUUUCCACGGCCGUUUGGGCUGCACAUGGGGAGGCGAGCGGAGUCUGGGCAGCCGGGGCCAGUCCCUCAACCUCCUCCUGACUCAGGGCGUCCCCACGGGUGGCGCCUGGCCUCACUGUCCUUCGGCCUGUAUUUGGGGUGGAUUCCAUGAACAUGCUGAUGAUUGGAGCUGACCACGCGGCCGUCCUCAGGGAGGAACGACUGGGAUUUGGGGUCAGUUCUCCCAGGUCCAGUCUGGCUGGGCCGCCGCGAGAGGCUCUGAGGCGCCCUCCCCUGGGGCUUUGCAAGCAGCAGAACGAGGUCCCGGCAGCUUCGAGGGCCCAUUUGGAGCCUUGUGGCGCCCCCUGUGCCCUGCUCAGGCGGCUCCCCCGGCCCCAGCUCGGGGAAGGCCCGGGCCGCCUCCAGACCCUGGUGGGAGGCCGCCUGUCACUCACGCGCCCCUGAGACCCAGCAUCUGUUCCUCAUCUGGCCUGGGCCUUUGCCACACCGUAGUCAUCCCCUUUCUCCAGCGACCACGGGGUUUCUUGGCUCCCCCUUCUCAGUUUCGGGGACUUUCUGUCUGGGGGCAUCCCAUCCUGCCAGCUGCUCAGACCCGGACUCUGCGGGGUCGGCACCGACCCACUGGGCUUGGUGCUCGUGGGGUUGAGUCAGACGGAGGAAUGUGUUUGAUACUGAGGGUCACAUCGUGGCGAUCGUUUCCCUGUAAAUCCUUUCCCUGAUCGUCUCGCAGCCCCGUCAGGAACGAUUCAAGGAGUCACUUAAUUCUGCAGAAAAAUGAAAACACAGCAAAGUCAGAUCAGUUUACGGAUUUUUGUUCCCGUUAAACGACCGGGCGUUCUGGGGGCAUCUCGAUAAUCCGCAGAGAUGUGGACUCGACGGCGCACUCUUUUCUGGUCACUGAGAGUUUUUACAAACAGCCGAGUUGUGCCUCUUCCCCCCUCCGUUUAUGUCUGGAAACAAGGACGGGAUCAGAGUUUGGAGUUUUGUACUAUUUUGGGCCCGUCUGUCCGUGGGGACAUGAAGCAAAGACUUUUAGUUUCAGAGAUUAGUUUUGGAGACUUCCGUACUCGCGGGACGCGUUCCGCCCCAGGGAUCCUGCUGGCGGGGCGGCCUGGUGGCUGCGAGCUCG